CACGAAGGUUUAUCAGGGUGACAUGCGCGCUAGAUUUUAAAUGUUCAGGAUAUUUGAUGUUUCCAUUGGACGGUUUCUUCUCCGAACUCUCUCAAUGUACUAUUUUGGUAGCCAGUUAAUUAUACGAUAUAAAGUGAUUUAGCUUCAGUCCAUAGUUCCAAGUAUUUGUGAUGUUGGAAGACUUGAAAAUACGCCUAACUCUUCUUCCGAUUAUUUGGAAUCGGAAGAAGUUUACGCAGGAUUACCUACUGUUUUCAACUCAAAACGCAUCACAAAUGAGCUAGAAAAAUGUCUGAAGGCAUUAGAAGAUAUUCCAAAACUUAUUGAUCAGUCUGUCCGUCCGCUGUUAACACGUAUCGAACUACUUGGAAUUAUUGCUUCUUGUCACAACCUUUUCGAUCUGGAAUCAUCAAUAUGGAAAGUAAUGUUUAAAAUUAGCGACAACUCUGGAAGAUUUUUGGAUGCUUCUUAUGCUUUAAUAAACUACUCUCUUUCAAAACUUUUUGCAUAUGAACAAAAUGCUUCAGCUUAUGAUACCCUGAAGUCUAUUCAUACCGAUGUUUUUUCAGUUCUUCAUAACAGGAAUGAAAUUCUUGAGUCAACACAUGAAGCUUGCUUAACAGGUCGGCUCCCAACCCCACAUGCACAUUUCCAGUCGAUAGUUGUAUCCCUUGGAAGGGCCUAUAUCGAACACUACUGUAAUUGGCCUGCUUUUUCUGCAAACUUGGAUCUUAUUCGCCUGCAGUAUAAGGAAUUCUUUGAGGGGAAGUCAUGGGCUGUUGUCUGUGCUCGUGGCUAUUUCUACUGGCUUCAUCUUCAUGCUCGCUGUAUAUUUGGUGCUAACUUUGAAUUGGUCAAUACGCUUCUUCAGCCAGACACUCAAGAUAUGUUCCCUUCACCGCCCUUGUCUCCUCUACAUGCUGCAGUCAUUGUUCGCAUGCAUGGUCAAACGUUGGUGAAAUUUAUGCGCUUGUGUUGUGAGCAAAAAUUACAAAAUCGUUCCGUUGCAAAACAAAAUGUGAUCGGGAUUGGUAAAGAAAAUAAAAAUCCAUCUGGUAGUCCUGAAAAUAAUAAAAAGUUUGUUGAACCGCAGCCAUUAGCUUCAGAUCUAAAAAUGUCUACCGUUGCUUGGUCUUCUGCAUCACUAACAGAUAAUGAAUUGCUUAAUCUAUGGUUGGGAACGCGACUACUUUUAUAUGGCUGCCAUCAAACUGCUGAGUUAUAUACGCUUCUAGGUACUGUAAGAGAAGCACGAGUAUAUCAAAAUGAGUUAUUAUGUGUUGGCCAACGGUUUCACCUAUGUAGUUAUACACAGAUUGCUCUCAACUUAAUGGCGCAUCUAGAUAUGUUUGCUCAACGUCAAUGGGCUUUUGAACUGCGCCUUCGGCAGCUUAAUCACAUUGCAACUUGUCAAGUAUCUCUUGAAGAACUGGUCACUAAAAGAUCUAAACAAAACAGAAAACAAAGUACAAAAGCUACUUCGGAAAUCGAUGAAUCUGCUUUCAUUCAUUCUAAAGCAUUUCCAAGCGAGUCUCUCUACUAUUGUAGAGAGACUCGCUUGGAAAUGCUUUAG